AUGGCGUUUCGAACACAGGGACUGGUGGAAUCUGCUCCCUGGAGGGUUCACCUUGUCCCACAGGCUCUCCGACACCAGGAAGUUGUCUCGCAGGACCUAGACAACCAGGCUGACUGCAAGACUUGUCCAUCAGGUUACUAUUGCCUGGCCGGCAGUACAAACUACACAGUUAGCCUGUGUCCGAGCGGUCACUUACUGCCUCGAUGGAACCACAGAGUCCACAAUGAAAGUUCUUGCCUGCCCUGCACCCCUGGGUACUACUGUGUUGCCCCGGGGCUCGAUGCACCCACAAGAAUGUGCGAUCCGGGCUGUUACUGCGAAUCAGGCUCGUUAUUGGCUCAACCCACUAGUCCAGAGGGAGGAAAAUGCCUAGCUGGCACCUAUUGUCCACAGGGAAGCUACACAACGGGAUGUGACCCAGGCUCCUACUGUUCUACAGACAUGCUAGAUACAGUCACUGGUAACUGUAGUGCGGGAUAUUACCGCACAGGGAAUUUCACAACCGACCAACCCACAGGCACUGGAGCAAGGCCAGUGACCGAUGCCCCACAGGCCACUUCUGUGUUUCCAACAGAGCCCUGUGAUCCUGGAACAUUCCUGCUCAGCCAGGGAGCCACUGUUAACUCGUUCUGUCUGUCCUGCACUGCUGGAAAAUACUGUAGCCAAUCAGGACUCUCCGCUAUUGAAGGAGACUGCUCCCAAGGGCUUGUCCAUGAAGACAACUGUAAAUCUUGUUCUGGCAGUAUGGCAUGUGAUGAAACUGGCCGCACCUAUUCUAAGAGACCCGUGUUCUGUCGGCUAUUACUGUCUCACAGGAGCUCAAUCACAGACACCAAGCCAAGGGAAGAUAUUAUUGUUUUAGCAUUUGUUGUCGGCUAUUACUGUCUCACAGGAGCUCAAUCACAGACACCAAGCCAAGGGGCGAAUGCUGACCCAUGUCUGACUGGCUCAUAUUGUCCUGACCAAACAGCAGACCCAGUGCCUUGCCCUGCCGGAACAUUCAAUCCAAGUCUGUCGCUGCAUUCGGAAGAUCAGUUUCUAAACUGUAUUGGAGAAAGUCAUUGUAACGAAAUAGGCCUAAGUGCUGUAGUUGGUCCGUGUUUCGCUAGUUUCUACUGUCCUUUGGGAAGCGACAGCCAAACCAAGGAACAGUACACAGUCGGCAACUACUGCCCAAUAGGUUCUGAGUAUCCCACACCUUGCCCCUAUGCAACCUUCUCCAACGUGGGUAAUGCCAGUGUAACCCAGGCUACUAUUGUAACAGAGAAGGACUCGCCAAUGUCACUGGAGAAUGCAAAGAAGCCUACUUAUACCAAGUGGGAAGCACUGUUGGGACUUGAGGUGAUUUGCCUUACUGGGAAAUAUUUGGCUAAAUGUUACUACUGCCCUGUUGAGACAGAAGUGAUCUGCCCCAUUGGCAAAUACUGUCCCACGGGCACUGCGGUCCCACAAGAUUGUCCUGCUGGGUACUACACGGGAUCUGACAGAAAAAAAGAGUGUCAGAUCUGCCCUGAAGGCUUCUACUGUGUGGCGGCCAAUGUGGUGGCUGGAGACAUCAGCACCGUGAAUACUGCUUGCCCCUCGGCACUGGCUACAACUGGCAGCCUUGCCCAGCUGGAACUUAAAUCGCAGUUACGGGUCUUGACAAAGGAAAGCGAGUGCACAUCAUGCAUUGGUGGAUUCUAUUGUGGUUCUGACAACUUGACCAGCCCUUCAGGCCCUUGCGGUGCCGGUCACUACUGUACAUCGGGCGCACUUUCUGCUAAUCCCACCAUGCUAAGCGCUAGCCAAUGCCCUGCCGGUACAGUUCACCCCAUUGUUGGUGAUGUGUGUCCUAUUGGCCAUUAUUGUCCAGAAGGUACGGACAAUCCCAUUGGUUGUCCCGCUGGUACCUACCAGGAUCUGACCACACAGGACCACUGUAAGGACUGUCCAUCCGGCUACUACUGUCCAGCCAAUACCACCACCUUAAAUGUGUUUGACUGUCCGGCUUGUCACUAUUGUCCAGUUAACACCACACAUGCUACAGAAUACCCAUGUCCACCGCAGACAUUCAACAACCUCACGAAUGGUUUUGAGUUGAAAAAUAGCAUUGUCAAUGGAAUUUACAUUUUAAGAGAUUUAGAAUUAUUAUUGCCAACAGUUCAGGGAGGUCACUGUACACCAGGAACAUUCUGUCCAGCUGGUGCAACCUAUGCCUACAACUGUACCCUGGGAAUGUACUGUAGUCAGUCUGAGCUAGACACACCCGAAGGCUUCUGUGAUGAAGGAUAUUAUUGCCCAGGAGCCGCCACAAGCCCACAGGCUGAGUCUGAGUGCCUGCUUUGUGAUGGAGGCUUCUAUUGUAAUGGCACAGGAUUGUCUGCGGUAUCUGGGCCUUGUGACGCAGGUUUCUACUGCCCGGCGGGUCAAUCCCAGCCGGACCCCUAUAUCUACAGAUGUACACCUGGCUACUAUUGUCCAGCUAACCUCUACAGAUGUACCCCUGGCUACUAUUGUCCAGCUAACAUCUACAUAUGUACCCCUGGCUACUAUUGUCCAGCUAACAUCUACAGAUGUACCCCUGGCUACUAUUGUCCAGCUAACACAGUGGAAAACUGCUACUACCAGGAUGAAUACCAGAAAGACACAUGCAAACUUUGCCCAGCAGGUUACUUCUGUGACCAUGCCUUCGUCGCAAUCGGCAAUCUCGAACUACGAAUGUCCCAGAGCCUUCCAUGUACCGCUGGGUACAUUUGUUUGAUGGGAUCCGAUAUAGCCACGCCUACAGACAAUAUCAUUGGUUACAUUUGUCCAGCCGGUCACUACCGUCUUUCUGGUGACAUCCAAGAAACCCCUUGUUCCCCAGGCACAUACCAAAUCCAACAGGGACAAGAUUCCUGUGACAUAUGUCCUGCAGGAAGGUCAUGUCCGGACCUGGGAAUGAACUACACACUGCCUUGUCCUGCAGGCUACUAUUGUCUUAGUGGCACCCAAAAUGAUGGCGAACCAUGUCCAAUUGGAAGAAAAUACUGUGGAGGUGAAGCUCUCACUGAGCCAACUGGCCCGUGUGCUGAGUGGUACUACUGCCCUGCAGCAGAUGAUAUCGGAGACGCAUCCCCUCUCACCGGAUACCUUUGUCCAGCGGGAUCAAUAUGUCCAGCCAACACUGCCGAUCCCAUACCAUGUGACCCGGGCACCUACCAAGAAAACGUGGGCAAGUUCGAGUGUGACGCGUGUCCAGCAGGGUACUAUUGCCUGUCUAAUACAUCUGUGCCCAUUGAUUGCCCGAUCUAUUCAUACUGCCCUGAGAGCAAAUACUGUACCGGUGUGCAGAUCGAGGCCCAUGCCAGGCUGGCCACAUCUGUCUUAAGUGGGAUUGGUGUAUCUGACCCCGACAAUUCCUACCUGCCCAAUGGUGGGCUGUGCACUUAUGGAUUCUAUUGCGAAGAAGGGGUGACCACGCCUGCUACCUGCCCACCAAACAGUUUUGUUGAUAAGGAAGGGGCCAUAAGCCAGGCUGAAUGCCAGCCUUGUCCGGGUGGAAGGAUUUGUCCGGAAAAUUCUACAGUGUCCGAGCCAUGCUGGAGAGGCUACUAUUGUAUGGUCACAAUGGACUCUGCAAUACGUCCCAACGGCACAUACAAUGAUCAAACCGGGAUGAGUGAUUCCAGUCUCCUUUGCCUCGCUGGCUAUUUCUGUGAUGAGGAAGGCAUUGCUAACUACACAACCAAACCAUGUCCCCUCAGAUAUUUCUGCGUCAACGCCUCAAUCUAUCCCUAG